GCAUGCGUCUUCAGACAAAUGAGAGUUUUAGCGGUCUUAGAAAACAAAAAAACGUAUUUUUAGAUACUUCAACCCCUGAGGAUAACUUUGAUAUCAUGGCUGACAGGGCUAGCUGUGUGUUCCCGGUCAUCGGAUUUAAAGCACUCGACUACGUCUUUGAGGCGAGCACAAGUCUCAAGGUAACAUGGGAUUUGCUGGCUCUGCCAGAACCUUACUCAACCGGUACCUGUGACCUGCUGAACGCCCACAUUCACCAGCUGUUUGAGGAAACCUACAGGACACCCUUAGUCAGAGAGCAGGUGACCUUCUCUUCUGGAUCUGUUCUGGAUGAUCUGAGGGAGAAAAACCAGUCACUUACCCCGUUGGAAAGAUAUAAAGCUGAAAGUGAGGAGGAGGUGUUCAUUCCCAGCUCCAAUCCCGACUCUCUGAAAGAUUUUGACCGGGAUCUUUGCGUGUUAAAAGAGCCGCAGAUGUUCUGUGAUCCACACCAAGAACUGUUUUCUAAGCACAUACAACCAAAGCAACAAGGGAAAGAUCUCUCCCUGGCAGAGGAUCUCAUAGCUGUUGAUCACCUCCCGUAUUUCAAAAGGCAUUUGCCUUCUUUGAAAGUCAAACUGUCCAGACUAAGGACGCUUCCUGUUGCAGACCCUUUGCUGACUCCAGGAGGACUUAUGAUCUCAGAGGAGAACAUCUUCAGGAGAUCUGCUUCAUAUGAAAAACUUUUGGACACUGACACAAUCAAUGGUCAGACAAGCCCCUUUAUUCAGGAGGACUUUCUUCAGGAGUCACUUUUGAAGGAAGAGAUGCUGCUUUUGCCUGAGGUGGUGGACACUCCCCAGCUGGAACUGCCAAAGGUCCAAUCCACGAAGAGCUUCUCUGGUCUUUGGGUCGUUUUUCCAGAGCCUCUGGAUGAGGAGCGUUCGGUUCUGGACAUCCUACGCAAAACUUCCACUCGAGGCGGGUCGAUGGAUUUAUUUCAGUUUGAUCUUCUGGAGAAAAGCAAAGAACAGGAGAGUAAUACUGGUUUGAUGGAGUUUUCAGGACACCUGGCUCCUCCAGCGGAUUUAGAGCUGGAUUCAGUCCUGAGCCUUUCUCCAAAGAAGAGAUCCACCCACAUCGGCCCGUCUGUCACUCAACUCCAGAAAGAAGAGUUGUCUCCUUGCAGGCUAUCCUUGAUGUCACCGAGGACUCGGACAGCGAUGGAAACGGCAGUCUGGAAGGCAGAGAAACAUCCGGCCUCUGUGGAGAGAUUCCUCUUAGCAGAACCUCCGACGGACGAUCCAGCCGGCGGUUUCCAGCACGUCUGUGAAGUUUUGAGGCUUUUAAAAUCCGAGCAGCUCAGUUGCAUCUGCGUCUUUGACGAGAUGGAGUUACAGCUGGACUCAGAAAUCCCGUGGAUGUUUACGGGACGUAGCAGCGAGUUCAUAGAGAAGCUGUCUGCAGGUCAGUGGUCUGAGCCUCCUCCCACCACAGAGGAGGAGAUGGAAGAGUUCACCAGACUGGUACCUGAACAGGAGGAAGUCAGAUCCAUCCUGCCUCGGUUCACAUGUGAAGUUCCUCUCCAGAAAGAAUCUCCAACCAAAGUCCUAGAGAGCGUUAACACUAAGGAAGAAGCUCUCCCCAAGGAGAAGGUUGUAGAAAAGACGGCUCCUCUGCUCAAAAACUACGUGAAAACAGUCAAAUGGAGCGAGAAGCCUCUGUCCUCCGCAUCCGCUGACAGACAGGCUCACAAAUAUUUGAAGAUCCGUCAUGAACCCCAAAAGGACCUGGACCCUCUGUCCACGUUCAUGAUGCUGAGAUCCCAGCUGCUUCUUCCAGAUGCUGCUUUGCCUCAGGACUCGGCCAACGCUGCAGUUGAAAACCAACAAACAGAAGAGAAGGAGCUGCCGCCUUGCACUCACAGUGGGGGGGUGAGGCCGGUGGGCGGCGGCAUCGCCGACUCGGAGGAUGCUGGCAGACAGCAGAAGCCUCAUCAGUGGACCAGUCAGCUCAUCGUCCGUCAGGACGGCCAGAGCAGCAGAAUCAUCCAGGUCCAGGCUGCAGAGAGCCAGCGGCGGGCUUACCGGGAGCUUCUGGCCUUCGCUCGUCCCCGUUUGGACUCAGCCAGACAGCUGGGACUCCACGGCCCCAUGUGGGGGGACUUCAGCUGCUUGGGCCCGGACCAAACUCACUUCCUCCUCAAGCAGCAGGAGAAGGCGCUCUGCAGCACCUCUGCUGACGACGCAGCGCUCCUCAGGGACCAGGAGCUGCUUUUCAGUCAGGUGGUUCUGAUCCAUGUGUUGGUGACCUUCAAAGAGCUGCUGCUGAAAUGUGACCUGAGGACCGGCCUGGUCUAUCUGAGCAAAGCGGCAGAGUCGUGUGCAGAUCAGAGCCUGAAGCAGCUGCUGAGGAAGCUGCACGUCAUCCUCCUCCUCGCUCAGAAGAACCAGGAGUCCAACAACAAGCUGCUGGAGCUGCAGCAGCUGCUGGCUGCGUGGCUGCACAGCCGGACGUCUGCAGAGAAGAUUCUUGUCAUUCUGUCAGUGGACUCCGAUGAAAACAGAUCAAUGAUUCUCAGCGGUCUGAGCCGAGUGACGGGAGCUUCUUUGACUUGUGUUCGUCCUGAGGACAAAGUGAAGCUGAAUGGAGCCAGUGUGGUCAGCAGCGUUUGCGGCUGUGAUUGUGCGCUGGUGUUUGAGCAGCACAUCGGCCCGGACUUCCCCUGGACCAGCUUCUCCCUGGUGGUGGAGUUUGACCAUCCGGGUCAGUCUCCGUGGUCCGCGGUGUGCGGCCAGAGGAGCAUCCAGCACCUGACCUUCGACACCGUCAUCCCGGACUCCGGCACGGGGGAGGUCCCAUGGUGCUUGGAGGACAGCGUCCCAUAUGUGGUGUUUGUGACGGAGGAACUACUGAACUUUCCUUUGCUACUACAAACCCUGGAGUCCAGCUUCAAUGUGACGGUGCUGGAGAGGAGCCCCCAUCCCAGCCUGCAGAUGCUGGGCGGGACCCACAGCUACGCCGUGAUCACCGUGGAUGAGAGCACGGCAGUCGUCAUUCAGGAGCUGGAGGAACUGGGUCAAGAGCGAGCCAGUGAGGUUCUGGUGAUGCGUUUGACCGCGCUCUCCCUGCAGUACAGCUGCUGCUGGCUCAUCCUGUUCUGCCCCGACGGCGGCGGGGGGGCGGGGUUUUCCAGCGAGGCCUUCAACAACCUGACCUUGGUUUAUUCUUCUCUGGUUUUGUUUGGAAUGAAGUCUGAGGAUCUGGAUGUGAAGGUUCUGCUCGUGUCAGAAGUGACUGAAGUGGCCAGAAGCAUCAAUCGGAUCUGCUUCACCGCCAUGAUGACCAGCGACGGGGAUCCUGUCGGAUACCUGAACAGAGACUGGCUGACUGUCAUCCCUUCACAGGAGGAGGAGUGUCUGUCCCGGUUUCCUUGUGUUAAUCCUCUGGUGGGUCAGCUGAUGCUGAACAGAUUCCCAUCCCUGCUGUGGCUCCUGAGGGCCUCCCUCCCACAGCUGAAGGAGCUGCUUCCUGAAGUCCCAGAGAAAGUCCUUAAGUUGUUCAGUGACAUCACGUCCCUGUACUCCACCACGUCUGAUCCCGCACAACCCUCUGAAGCAGACCCGCCCUCAGAAGACCUGUGGACCAGCGGAGGCGAGCAGAUGACCUUCGGGGAUCCUGAGCUGCUCUGCGGCGGCCUCACGCCCAACUUCCUGUGUGAAGCUGGCAGAGCUGAGGACCUUUUCUGCAGGCGAGACCCAGAAUCUGCAGCAUUCAAACUGGACCUCCUAAGCGGCUCCUUUGGCAGCCCAGAUGUUCACCCCCAGAGCAGCUGGACAGAAGCAAAGCAGACCCUCCGAAGCAGAGCGGGGGCUGCCGGGAGGGUCGUUGAAAGACUCGACGAGGAGACGAGUCCCAGAUCCUCAUCCGCUGACUUCAGCUUCCACCGCCACGAAAGCCCCCUGAAGCUGGACUUCAGCUUCUGUCAAAGCCCCACCCCGAACCGCCUGGUCCUCAGCACUGUGCCCCCCACACCCACAGGUCCCAGCUGGGGUCUGAGCCCCCCCGCAGGCGCCCCCUGGGGUUCAGAAGACCACGAAGGACCGACGGCAGCUUUAGACUCGUACGGAUCCAGGAUCUGGAGAGGACUGGAGAGGAAGAGGAGUAGAGAAGCAGCUGGUCUGGACCCAUCAGCCUCGACGCCGCUGAAGAUGGGCCGGCUGAGCUGCGAGAAAGUUCCCGGAAGAGAAAAGCACAGACAGACGGUGAUUUGCGGUCGGAGGACCGGCAUGGAAGGACACUCCGGUUGCAGCGAUAACGUCUCCCUUUGAUGCCGGCGGUGUCGCUGGGGUUUCUCCUCCUUUCAUACAUGUGGAGUUUAGUGAAGCAAUCCCCUUAUCGCGCCCCCACAGCCUGUGGAGGGGGGGGCUUAUCUGCAGGAGCCAGCAGAGUGAAGCCACCUCCCUCAGGAGGGAUCCCUAGACAAAGACCCCCCCCUCCCCGGGGGGGGGGGGGGGGGGGACUCCAAACCUCCCUGCCUCUGGACGGCACUUCUCCGCCGUCCACCAUCAAUAACCCCGCCGCUGCCUUCCAAGGAGAGACGCUCAGACAAAGCCAGAGAGGGUUUGUGGGCUCUUUUAUUGGCUCUGGGACAAAAGCGGCCCGCGUGGCGGUCAAAGGAGAGCGGGACGGCGAGGUAAACAUCAGCCUAAUGGUGCAGUAAUGGCUCCCGACCGCGGUCCAGCCACGGCUCUGAAAGGGACGGCGGGUUAAUGUGGGAAAUAACAGGCUGUUCAAACCCGAGCGGCCUGCAGACCGCCGUCUGCGCAUCAGCUGGAAAGGUCACUCGGCUGUUAUCUCCCACGGCAGGCGGCGCUUCCCCAUCACCUGUAAACGCCACCCAAACCCCGCCCCUGAAGUGAGACAAAACCCAGAAACGGGAUGUGAUCCACAAAAGGAGCAGAUUCUUGUGUUUCCGUCGCUUUUAUUUUACUUUAAUCCAUGAAAACAAACAAUCUUGACUGAGUUAGUUCCCUAUGAAACUGGAAUUUAUCUUUACAUUAGAUCAUAUUUUAUUAUGUUUGACAUUUACUUUAUGGGACAAAACAAAUGGAGGGAAAAAUCUAACAAAUAUCCAGAAGGGAGAGGAGAAAACAUCUCAAAAUUGCAUUUCUGAGUAUUUAUUUAUUCAAAUUAUUGGGAGAAGACAUAAAAUGUUUGAAAAAACAU